CAAUGCAAGUUUUUACUAAAAAUGUUUUAAGGAGAUUUGCAUUCACUCCUUUUUUCUCUUUCUCAUCUAAGAGAGAUUUGUAUGGUAAUUAUGUAUCUAACCAUUUAGAAUUAUUGGGAGUACCUAAGAAUGCUUCAUAGAAUGAUAUCAAAAAAGCCUAUUAUGGAUUAGCCAAAAAGUAUCAUCCAGAUGCAAAUCCAUCUAAGGAUGCCAAAGAAAAGUUUGCUGAAAUUAAUAAGUAACAAUUAUAUUCUACAUUUCUAGUGCUUAUGAAACAUUAUCAGAUGAUAAUAAAAGAAGAGUCUAUGACUAAGUGGGAAUGACAGGAGAUGAAUAGGAUUAGGCUGGAGCAUAGGAUCCUUUUGCUGCAUAUAGUAGUUUCUUUAGAUAAGGAGCUAGAGGAGGUAGAGGACAAGAAUUUGAAUUUGAUGAAUCAAUAUUUGGGGAUUUUGCAUCCUUUUUUAACAUGGGAGGAGAAGCUGAAAGAACUAUUAAAGGAGCUGAUAUUUAUGUUCAAAUGGAAAUUUCGUUUAUGGAUAGUAUUCAAGGAUCACAAUAGACAAUAUAAUUUGAGAAAGUUGGUACAUGUACUACAUGUAAUGGUACUAAAUGUAAACCUGGUACUGCCCCAGGAAGAUGUACUCAUUGUGGAGGAAGAGGAUCUAUUAAUUAUAGAUAAGGAGCUAUGACUAUAUAAAUGGCAUGCACUAAAUGUAGAGGAACUGGAAUCUCAAUCAAAAAUCCAUGUAUCCAUUCUAUUUCAUUUAUUUAUAGGUACUUCAUGUAGAGGAGUUGGUAUAUAGAAAUAAGCAACUAAUGAAACUAUCAAUAUACCAAAGGGAAUAGCUGAUGGUCAAAAUUUGAGAGUGACAGGUAAAGGAAAUGUAGGAGAAAAUGGAGGUAAAUCAGGAGAUCUUAUUGUUAAAAUUUCAGUCAAACCUGACCCAUAUUAUAAAAGAGAAGGUUAUGAUUUGAUUACUAAUGCUUAUAUUUCUGUUGCAUAAGCAGUUUUAGGAGAUACUAUAAAAAUUAAGACUUUGAAUGGUGAUAAAUAGGUCUCAAUCAAACCUGGAUGUUAAGAUGGAGAAAAAAUGAGAUUAAAUGGAUUAGUAUAUAUAAUUAAAAAAUAUUAAAGGGAAUUAACAAAUUGGCACCCAAUUAAAAUUAGAAAGGUGAUUAAGUUAUCAAUUUCAAAAUAUAAAUACCAACUAAAUUAAAUGAUAAACAGAGAGAGAUAUUUCAAGAAUUAGCAAAAGUAUUUAUAUUUAUUAAUUAUAAAUUAGUUAGAAAAAACAGAGUCUUAAAAUCAGGCUUAAAAAUAAGAAGGGGUUUUUGAUUAAGCUAAGAAUGCUUUCCAUAAGUGAG